AUGGAUGAACAAGCCCUGCUUGGACUAAACCCAAAUGCCAAUGCUAACUUCAGAGAGCGUGCAUUGGCUUAUUUUGAACAACUGAAAGUUUCACAUGAUGCAUGGCAGGUCUGUGCUGAAGCAUUAGCCAAACACAUAUAUAGUGACGAUCAUGUCAAGUUCUUCUGCUUUCAAGUUUUGGAACACCAGAUAAAAUUCAAAUAUUCUGAACUGACUGCAUUGCAACAGCAACUAAUAAGGGAAACUCUAAUAACAUGGCUUCAAGCUCAGAUGCUCAAUGCCCAACCAGAAAAAACAUUCAUACGUAACAAAGCUGCACAGGUCUUUGCCCUGGUCUUUGUUACUGAGUACCUCUCAACGUGGCCUAAAUUUUUUUUUGAUAUUUUGACUGUUGUCGGACUCAACCCCCGUGGUGUUGACCUGUACCUUAGAGUUCUUAUGGCAGUCGAUGCAGAGGUUGUGGACCGGGAUAUCAUUCACACUCCUGAGGAAGCACGUAGGAAUACAUUAUUGAAGGACACCAUGCGGGAGCAGUGUAUUCCAAACCUGGUGGAAUCAUGGUACCAAAUAUUACAGACUUAUCAGCACACAAACUCAGAACUGACAUGCCAGUGCCUUGAAGUUAUUGGAGCCUAUGUCUCAUGGAUAGAUCUGACAUUGAUUGCAAAUGACAGAUUUAUUAACAUGCUGCUUGGUCACAUGUCAGUGGAAGUUCUCCGUGAGGAAGCAUGUGACUGUUUGUAUGAAAUUGUAAAUAAGGGAAUGGAUCCUGUUGAUAAAACCAAACUAGUGGAAUCUUUGUGUCAAGUAUUACAGUCUGCAGGAUUCUUCAGCAUUGAACAGGAAGAAGAUGUGGAUUUCCUGGCCAGGUUUUCAAAGCUAGUGAAUGGAAUGGGACAAUCUCUGGUGAUUAGCUGGACUAAGCUGGCAAAAUCUGGUGAUCUGAAGAAUGCACAAGACACACUGCAGUCUAUUGAAUCCAAAGUGCCUCUGAUGUUGCAGUUGCUUAUCCAUGAAGAUGAUGACAUCUCUUCCAACAUUAUUGGAUUUUGUUAUGAGUAUUUACAUAUCUUAAAACAAUUGGUUAUGCUCACUGAUCAACAGAAAGCUAAUGUAGAGACCAUAAUGUUGGCAGUAAUGAAGAAAUUAACUUAUGAUGAAGAAUAAUAACUUUGAUAAUGAGGGUGAAGAUGAAGCUAUGUUUGUUGAAUACAGAAAGCAGCUGAAAUUGCUGUUGGACCGUCUUGCACAAGUGUCACCAGAACUACUGUUGGCCUCUGUUCGCAGAGUUUUCAAUAGUACACUACAAAACUGGCAGACUUCUCUGUUUAUGGAAGUAGAAGUUGCCAUCCGAUUGCUGUACAUGCUGGGAGAAGCUAUCCCUGCAUCCCAUGGAGCUCAUUUCUGUGGAGACGCUGCUAAAGCAAGUGCAUUGCAGGACAUGAUGAGAACUCUUGUGACCUCUGGUGUGAGUGCCUACCAUCACACAUCUGUUACAUUAGAAUUUUUUGAAACUGUGGUUAGAUAUGAAAAGUUUUUCACGGUUGAACCCAUACACAUUCCUAAUAUUUUGAUGGCUUUUCUGGAUCAUAGAGGCUUACGCCAUUCUAGUCCUAAAGUUCGCAGUAGAACAUCUUACCUUUUUUCACGUUUUGUGAAAUCACUUCAUAAGCACAUGAAUACAUUUGUAGAAGACAUUCUGAGUAGGAUUCAAGAUCUUCUAGAACUCUCCCCACCUGAAAAUGGUUUUCAGACCUUGCUGAGCAGCGAUGAUCAGCUCUUCAUAUAUGAGACUGCAGGUGUUCUCAUAGUAAACAGUGACUACCCAGCUGACAGGAAAAAUAUUCUGAUGAGAAAUCUAUUGAAUCCAUUAAUGGAAAAGUUCAAAAUUUUACUAGAAAAACUGAUGGUGGAACAAGAUGAAGAGCGACAGACAGUUCUAGCAGACUACCUUAAUCAUGCUGUUGGGUUUGCCAGCCGUACAAGUAAAGCUUUUAGUAAUAAACAAACGGUGAAACAGAGUGGCUGUUCUGGGGUUUAUUUGGACUGUUUUACAAUGCUUCCUGCCUGCACUAAGUUGCCCUGUUCAAAAGGAAAUUCUCAGAGGUGGUGUCCGAACCUUCCUUCAUCGUAUGAUCAUCUGCUUGGAGGAGGAAGUGCUUCCUUUCAUCCCUACUGCUUCAGAGCACAUGUUGAAAGACUGUGAAGCAAAGGACUUGCAAGAAUUCAUUCCUCUUAUUAACCAAAUUACUGCCAAAUUCAAGGCCCAAGUGGUCACCUUUCCUACAGCAAGUCUUCAUGCCACUUCUUCAUGCUAUAUUUGAGGUGCUAGCCCGCCCUUCAGAAGAAAAUGACCAGUCUGCUGCUUUAGAUAAACAAAUGUUACGAAGAAGCUAUUUCGCCUUUCUUCAAACAGUUACUGGAAGUGGAAUGAAUGAGGUCAUUGCCAAUCAGGAUGCUGAGAAUGUGGAGCGUGUAAUAUUUACAGUCAUUCAAGGAGCUGUAGAAUAUCCAGAUCCCAUUGCUCAAAAAACGUGCUUCAUUAUACUCUCCAAAUUAGUAGAACUGUGGGGUGGUAAAGAUGGAUUGGUUGGCUUUGCAGAUUUUGUUUACAAACAUAUUUUUCCUGCAUGCUUUUUGGCUCCCCUGAAACCAACUUUUGACCUUGCAGACGCCCAAACCAUAUUGGCUUUGUCAGAGUGUGCAGUGACCAUGAAAACCAUAUACCUAAAAAGGGGACCGGAAUGCAUACAGUAUCUACAGCAAGAAUAUCUACCAUCUUUGCAGGUGGCACCAGAAAUUAUCCAGGAGUUUUGUCAAGCUCUUCAGCAACCAGAUGCUAAAGUAUUUAAGAAUUACUUAAAGGUCUUCUUUCAAAGGGCCAAACCCUGA